CUAAUGGACGAUAGCAUAACCUAAAAAUGCUCAAUUUUUGGAACGACUUAAUAGUCUAGUAAAGUAAAGAAAGCGAAAUCUUCUCGACGACCACGCGGCUGCACUUCCUUAACAUGACAAUGUCGUGCUGCGACGGAUUCCGACUGCCCGCACCCUCGGAGUGCUCGCUCCGGAGUAAGGCGCGCAUCGACGCCCUCUUCGAGGAGACGCAAUCCGUGUGCAGUUCGAGCCUCGCGGGUGGAGGCUGGUGUACGGCCGGGGGUGCAGUGGCUGGCGACGACCCCCGGCGAUGCUACCGCGAGGAGGACCAGCAGCGGAGGGUGAACAGCGCUGUACAGGCGCGCAUCGAGGCAAUGUUCGCCUCGGUCGAGGCCGAGAACGUCGGCGAAUGCGCGGCCGCUGUAUUGCCGGUAAAGUACAUGGGGGCGGCGCCGGUGGGGGGCCGCGUGGCGUCGGUCCGCGGCCUCCAGGAGCCACUCCGUCAGCUGGCCGAGCGUAUCGACGAGUCUGUGAGUGCGGAGCUCGAGAUCAGCCGACGCGGCCUCACCUUCCGCGCUAACGACCUCCACGAGAAGAACAACCCCUUCCGGAGAAUCGCCGUCUGGAGCGCCUUGAAGCUACAAACACGACGCCGCCACAAUUCUCUAUCCCAGGAGGUGGUGCACGCGUUCGUGCCCUUAGUGUCCGAGGAGCGGGACCCGAGCGCCAGCACGACGAACAGCGAGGACCGCCACGCCGACCUUUACCGCACGAUGCGCGGUCUCGCCAAGGACGUGGAGGACUACCCGCCAAUUUUCGCUGUGGUGAUGCGACGACCGGGCGCCGCCCGACUCCUUGAGUGCCACGCUUUCGCCUGCCGUUGCGAGGAGGACGCGAUUGCCGCUGCGGCGACCCUUUACCGCGCCCUCCUCGCCGACCUCGACGCCACCGCCCGGCGACCGAGGCAGAGAAACGGACUCGGCUGCGCGAGCCUCGCCUCCGUCGUCUCCAGCGUCCCAGACAACAGUAGCGUCCUCACGACCAAGCGUCUCGAGCUUCAGCGGCCUAAAUUGCCCCCACCGCCGUUCCCGCCCCCCCUGCCGUCCUCCAAUCGACAGCCGGUGAGGCCGCCACGCUCGAAGAAGAGCAGCCCGACGAGCAGCAGUGCGAGCAUCGGCGAGAAGCCCUCUCGUAUGGACAAAAACAACUCGGUGGUCUCGAAGACCGAGGACGUCACCGAGGCCCACAGUCGUCGGCUUGGCAGCCAAUCCGGCAAUAAUAACGAGGUCGAGGCCAAAGAGAGGCACCCUGACAACAACGCCAGUCUGCGGACAUCAUCACAUCCGAAGGAGACGAGCGAGGAGAGGCGCAUGAACGCCAAGAACAAAAUGUACGGGUCGAGGAGCUCGCGUUGCCGAGGUACCGAGGCGAUCGAAGCGCCAGUGAUCGAGAAGAUUUACGAGCAGCGAAAAUUCCGAGAUGGCCACGUCGUCGAUGACCCGUACGACGAAAACGAGAAGUCCUCGAGCGAUCACGAACGCUGCGGAUCCUACAACUUCAACUGUUGCACGGAAAAUUCCCUCUACGAGAGCAGCCGCAUCUACGCGGAAGUUCAUAGCGUCAGCUCCAAGCCAAUGAGCGAGCAACGUCUGCCCAUGUCGUCGUCGAGUCGCGGACAAUCAUUGUCCGGGUGUCGUGGCGAAGCUUACGAGGACACGGGACGCAAGCGUAGCCUCGCGUCCCGGUACAGCCAUCACUUUCGCAACGCCGAGAAGAUUUAUCAGCUUGGACAGCGCGAUCAGCUCCCGAGCGACGACAGGAUUUACGACACUGCCUGCACCACCAGGCAAGCGUCGCAGGGGCCGAGAUACGGGGCCGGCAACCGGUCGACGCGCUCCUCGAGGCGUCCAGGCCGCGUCUCCACGUUGGAUCGACCGCUGCGCCGAGGCGAGUUGGAGGCCCAGCGGCAGCCUCAGCAGGUCCAGCCUCAGUGUUUCCCAAUGCAGGAACGGCGCAGGAACCGCGCGGGUAGCGAGCCGCCAAACUCCCGAACGGAGGCCGCCGCGGCUGCGGCCGCCGCUCACCUCAGACGCUCCCAGAGCGAGCUCGACCUGGACCGCGGUGACCUUAUGACCCGAGUUGAGUUGCCCCGGCACGGCAGCUUCCUUAAACCAGGGAGCGUGCGGAAACGCGAGAGCCUCGAAGGUGGAGGCGCGGGCACACCUCUCGGCUUCACGGAACUCUUCGACGAGUUCCGUAACCAGGAGGGUCUCACCAGCGUCGACGACAUCCUUGCUGCCAUAAUAGAUCCCGAAGGUAUGUCGUUCAACGAUCUAAAGCCUCUGUAUAAGGAGUUCCUGCUGAAGCUCGCGGCGACGCUCACCCAGGAUGAGCUGUACGAGCGCUCGGCGAGCAUAAUGAGACGCCGACGUCGGCCCCAGCGACGCCGCUCGAGUCGCGGCGGUGGAGCCGGGGGUGCCUGUCUUCUGCGUCGGGCGAUCAAGCGCUCGGUCUCGCGGCUCAAGAGCGUUGGAAGCGGCCCGACCGAGUUCACCUCCGUCGUCUACCCGGCGCGACGACUCAACAACGAGCGCGCCAGCUUAGGAAGCACCUCGUCCCGAGAGGCGAGCGCCGGCUGCAGGACCGCGGAUGCCCCAAGCCAGCGUCAACGAGCAGCGAGGAUCCUCGCGGGCAAGCUCGGGCGCAGCCGAUCCGCCAAGAGGUGCGCGAGCUCGAAGAGCCGCCCCGGGCACACCACCUCCGAGGACAGCGACACUUGUCGGCGUAUGAGUCGCGCCGCAACGACCGCCAAUCGCAGCAGCAGCGGUUACGUGAGCUGCAGCGAGUGCAGCUACGACUCGGAGUCCUGCACCUGUAUCUCAGCGGACAAGUGCUACUGCUCGCUGUCGCGGAAGGCGCCCGAGGAAGUCGUCGGCCCGACGAUAUGCGGCUGCGACACCGACAGCUGCUCCGACAGCAACAAGUGCUACUGCUCGAGGGAGCGGACCGCCGCGGGUCCGAGUAUCCUCGAGCAACUCCGGCAGAAGGGCAUACUGCCUGCCGAGAGUACGAUCAGCAGGGCCGGCAGUCCCGACAGGCAGUUCGGCAAGAGUCUCGUCACCUCCAAGAGCCUCGAGUACCUGAAGGUCCGUCCAUCGUCCCCGGAGGAGAAGAGGGACAACCUCGGGCUGGACUACGAUCUGUUUGCGCCGGGUCGCGCGUCCCGCUGCUCGUCCGGGAGUGAGAAGGUGCUGGUGGUGAGCGCCCGUGACCCUCGUGGCCGGAUCAUCUACGUCGGCGGUACCGACAGGGACGAUGGGCUGCCGCUAAGAGGCUGCCAGGGCGAAGCUCGCCGGGGGAUCAGCGGUUCCGGGGGCGAUCACGAGGCACUGUCGAUAAAGAAGACCGCGGAGAUCGCGGCAGUAUUUGCCGGGCAGAGGAAGAUCGGCCGCAGGGCCAGCAGCACCUCCAGCUUGAAGAGUUCCAUAAGCCUCGAGGCCGGGCUUGGCUAUCUGCCCUGAAGAAGCUGAGCUUCUGCGAUUACCAAACUCUCCUCGUCCAUGAGGUCAUGGGGUCUUUUUUCUUCUUGGGAAUUUGGGCCUGUCGGCGCAUAAUGCACUUGGAGCUUUGGUUAUAACGUUAUUAGGUUUUGUAUAUGCAUGUGUGCGCGUGCGUGAACGUGUGUAACGGUCAGUGGUCGGUGGGGGCUCGUGUAAGCUACUUUUAUUUCUAAUACAUAAACCGAGGAUCUUUGCAUUUAAUGAAUGUGAGACGGGCGGUGAGUUGUACAAUUGGCAAAAAUAUUUAUCGAUCGUUUGUGCGCGGUCGCGUCGUUAAUAAUGAUGAGGUCUUGAAUCGAUCGUUUAUCUGCAUUUU